AUGCCGUCUGCGUCAAAAAAAAUGUUGAAGGCCCGCAUGCAGCAGCAGCGGCGCGGGCAAGCCUCAUCUUCUCAUGCCCCGUUGGAGCAGGAAAGGGCAUCCGCAGAGCACGCUGACCUCGACGAGUCUCUCCAACAUGCCGGGGGAAUCCCGCAAGCUCGUGACUCGCCUAUCGAUGCCGUUGCGUCGCCGACGACUCUCGAUUCGUUAGACGAUGCUAGCCGGGUUGAUGAAGAAAAUGUCUUCGUUGACGACGGAGACAGCAACUGUUUGGCAGGGUGGUCAGAGUCAGGCGGCGACGAUGUCGCGGACGGCUCGAGCGAAGACUCUGGGCAGGAGGAAGGAGAAGCGGCGACGUCUAGAAGAAAGGGUCGCGUACGCCGCGCUGUUAGCUUCCGUCACAGAAACGCGCGUCGGUGCGCGCAGAAUCCCGCUUCUCGAGCGGCUGCUUCAAGCGGUCGGCGAGAGGAGAAUCUGCCAAGCGUCCUUGUCCAGAAGAUCGACCCAAAUGUGGAAACCUGCGCGUCUAGCCCGUCCGCUGAAGCGCCGCACCACUGGGCUGCGGACGCUACAGGAACAGAGGAGCUUCUUUUGGCCCUUUCGGCCUCUCUCACGCGAGGGCGCCAGGCGGAAGCAACGGCGGCGGCUCGUCUUCUCGUCGCUCUCUUGCUGCAUCUUGGAGACAGCCUCACUCCCGACAUGGCACAGUCCGGUGUUCUUCUGACGCUCACUUACUUCUCUCCGCAGCACGUAUACCGGUCCGCCCGACAGGCCGCCGCCGCCCAGUCGACGUCUGCAGCCCGGGGGCAGGCCGCAGUGCUUGUGGCCUUGUCGCACUUUCUUUAUCGCGAAGAGGCUGGCGGAGCCUCGAGGGAGGAUUCCUGGUCCGAUAAGGACGGGCAGGGACUGGCGGGCAAUGCGUCGGGAGACAAGGAAGUGUUUCUGUUCCUUGAGGCCCGCGUGGACCGCCUCAUUCCCAUCCACACGUGCUGGCGCCCCGGGCACAUGAUUUUGAGGGUUGGCGGCCCUGUCGAUGAAGCGGCGUCCCACACCAAGACAUCUGGAGAAGACGCAGCGCACGCAGAGGAGCGUCGCAGUGAAAAGCGAGAGGAUGCCACCUCUGAGCAUGCCUUGCAAACGCCGGGAGGCUCUGUGCACGGGCCGUUCUUCAAGAUAUCCCCGACUGCAACCGCUAUCGUCUCGGGAGCGCAUUCUAGCACUUCGACUGUCAGAACGCGCGGUUUGUUGAAGGCCAGAGAUAAGAAGGGGCCCCUGACUAAAGACGAAGAGAAAGAGCUUAUCUUGCUUCUCCAGGCGCUGCAAAUCCUAGGCUGGACGCUCUCCGAUAGGGAGAAGUCGAACUGGAUCAGCGGGCCAGGGGCGGUCCUUUGGCGAUGCGGGGCUUCGGCGCUGCUCGACACAGCGACAGGGGAAGCCUCGAAUCUCCUGCCCCCCGACGGCGGCUCGGCCGUCUUUUCGCCUCGUUCCAUUGCCACGGGAAGAAGCGGUCCUAGCGCGGAGACGGAGGGCGAGCCGCGGGCGACUUCGCGCUUGCCUGUCGCCGCCUCCUCCGCGCCCGCCGCGCCCUUGUGUCCUGAACCACCCGUUGCCUCCCUCUCAGUUUUGCGCGACGCGGGGCUCCCACGCCAUCCUCCCUCGACUUCAUCAACUUUCGUCCAGAGGUCGGACGGUGCAUCCUCGGCGUCGCCCUGCGCGACCAUUCCAGGGGGGCCGCGUGGCUCUGAGAAGGAGGCUGCCGCAUCGACUAUUCGCGAGGCUUCCCCGGCGCUCUUGUGCGCAGCCGCGGAAGUGUUAGCUGUCCUCUUUGAGAGCUACUGGAAGACAGUGGGUCGCGACUCGCCCUUCCUUCGAGGCGCGGCGUGGGCUGCCGAGCCUGCCGGUUCGUCGCGAGACAAGAAGGCAGCAUUUGCCACAUCAGAGGAACGGGACGAAGCUCGGCGGCAGCUGCAGCGCCACGCGCCCCUCGUUCUCGACGCCCUCGAGCUGCUGGGAAGCAGCAACAGUUCCUGUUUUGUGCGGCAGCUGCGAGCCGCAAGCCGCGCAGAGCAGCAGACGAGCAACUCGCUCUUUCGGGUCCUGGCCAGCACCGCCAGCGGCGCCUACAGGGCCUCUGCCUGCUCGGCUCGUGCGGAGCGAGAGGGCGGCGGGCUGUCUGUCCCCGGCCCUGUCACUUCCGUCUCUUUCUUGGGGCCUGACGGCAGAGGAUCCGGCAGUGCAGAGGGAGUGGCGUUGGAAGCGAGAAGCGCGCUGAAGAUCCGGCUGAUCGGGUGGGAGAAACGACAGCAGCUGCACUUUGUGCGGCACGUUUUGAAAGCCUCGCUGCAGCAACACCUGGCCGAAGGGUCGGAGUUUGUCAGCCACCUUCUCAGCUGUCGAUUCAGCCCCAGCGGCUGCGGCAGUGGCGCAUUUUCUGCGCGGCAGGAUCGCCCCGGGACCGACAACGUCACAGUCGUUGCGGUGUUGAAAGACAGCCGCGAUCGUGCGAGGGCGUCGAAGGCUCAAGCGCUACAGCGGGAUAGGCAGCGGCAGAUGAAGGCUGCUGCUGCGUCGUCUCUCGAUUUUGAUGACUAA